AUGGCCCUCUGCUGCUGCCCACCUUGUUGUGAGCCAUGUUGCUGCAAGACCACCUGCUGCAAGACCACCUGCUGCCAGCGCUGCUGCUGUGAGCCCAGCUGCCCUGAGUCCAACUGUUGUCAGCCUUGCUGUCUCCCAUGUUGCUGCAGCAUACCCUGCUGCCAGCCCUGCUGCUGUGAUACCACCAGCUGCAAGACCACCUGUUGCAAGCCAACCUGUGUGAACAUCUGCUACAGCACACCCUGCUGCCAGCCCUGCUGCUGCCAACCCUGUUGCUGUAUGCCUACCUGCUGCCAGCCUUGCUGCUGCCAACCCUGUUGCUGUGUGCCUACCUGCUGCCAGCCUUGCUGCUGUGUGCCCACCUGCUGCCAGCCCUGCUGCUGUGUGCCCAGCUGCUGUGAAAGCACCUGCUGUGGCACCACCUGCUGCAAGGACACCUGUUGCACGCCAACCUGUGUGACCAUCAGCUGCAGCACACCCUGCUGCCAACCCUGCUGCUGCUGA